CGCGGAGGAGGCUUUACUAUAACCUGGCCUCUAACUCGUCUAUCCAAGCAUGGACGACAGCGACACUCCCCCUUCGCCGCUAUCCAAACUCCCCCGAAUAGACUCUCUAGACCGCCUGCGUCGAGUUGCUACUGGGCGCGCCCGCGAACGCACCUCCAAGGACUAUGCAGGCCUCUCCGCCCGCGACCUCGCGCGCAUGCUCAUCAAGGAGCAGAAACUCAACCAGACACUCGAGGCGUCCAACUCCUCCCUGACCAGCCAGCUCACGCUCGAGUCCGAGCGCGCCGACACCGCCGAGCGCCGCUCCCGCGACCUGCUGCUGAAGGUCAAGGUGCUGAACGAGGAGAAGCUCGUCGCGCAGCGCGAGGCAGCCGCCGCGAAGGAGGAGCUCAGGCUGUACAAGGCGCAGCUGCACAACGCCCAGCAGGAGAUCUUCCGCGCGCAGGCCGUCCUCGACGAGCUCGAGCAGGCGCGCGUUUCCGCGGAGGACUCGGCCGCGAAGGCUCGCACGAGGGCGCGGAAGUUGAGGGAAGAAAGCAUGGUCGAGCGCGCGCGGCAGGAGGGCCGGAUGGAGGGCUACCAGGAGGGCCUGCGUAGUGGGCGCGACGCGGGCUUCGAGGACGGCAGGUUCGUCGGCUACGACGAGGGGCGGGAGCUGUCCCAGCGCGCGUUCGAGAGCGCGCUGGGAGACGCGCUGGAAGAGGAGACCCCCGCCGCGCUCGGGUCCAUACGAAACCUCCCAGACCCCGGCCCCGAUCCCGAGCGCGAAUCCGAGCCCAUGCCCAUGCCCGCCCCUCCUCCGCAGCCCCGGCCCCCGACGCAGUACUACCGCCGCCCCGGGUCGCCCUCGCGCACGCCCGUCCCCGACCCCCGCCCGCCCAUGUCGCCGCGGCACCCCGAGAACCCCAUCCCGCCUGACAACUACAUCCCCACUGUCUCCCCGCACGACUCGCGCAUCCGCCUGCCCCCGCCGCACGAGAUGUCGCGCACGCCCGGGACACCCGCGCCACCGCUCCCCCCGGAGCCCGAGGAGAUCCGAUACAUUCCGCCGCCCGCCACGCCCAGCGCGCCUACCUUCGCGCAGACUCGCCACGGCCGUAGCGAGUCUCUCACUCAGAGCCGCCCGCCGCGCGUGCGCCGCCGCUCGUCGCCCGACUCGCAGAGCACGACGAUCUCGCAGUUCGGGCUCGUGAACGAGAGCCCGCAGCACACCAACAUGCCGGAGCCGGUGGUCAUGCCUCAGCCUCAGGCGCGCGAGACGGGCCCCGGAUAUCUGAGGGAGCGCAAAGAUAGCGGGCUGAGCGUUAUUCCGGAGGUAUUGAGCGGCGCGACGAGUCCUGCGCCCAGUUACAUUAAUCGGACACCGGAGGGGACGCAGUAUAUGCCGACGCCUAUGACCGUCCCCGCGCCCCAGCCGCCGCCCCCGACAUCCUCUUUUCAGCCUCCUACGUCGAACUACCAACAAUCGCGCAAUUCGCAGUCUACCUCCUCGGAAGAGGCAGGUCGACAAAGCAGGGCCAGCAGGCGCAGCAGCACGCGCCGCUCCGCGACCCCCGCGCAAGCCGAGCCCGCGCGCAACUCCGUCUCCUCGGGCAACUCCGUGCCCGACAUCACCAUCGUCCCUCCCUCCCGCCCAGCGUCUAACAGGUCUCUUCAGUCACAGGCGCGCAACCUCCUCUCCCCGCGGGACGCCGCCGAAUCCCGGCCCCUACCACCCAUCGCGGACGACGAGCCGCCCGCUCCGCCGAGCUACGCCAGCGCGCGCCCGAUGCCCGGCGCCACGCCCGUCUCCAUGGGUCCCAUCGUGCUCCCCAACGGCCAGCUGUUCACCCCGACCGAGGUGAUCCCGACGCCCGCCGCGGGGAACGCCAGUCUCCCGUCAGGCCCAGGCAACACCGUGCCCUUCCCGAGCGGCUCCGGGUCGGGGAUGCCCCCGCCGGCGGUGUACAUGAUGCACGAGGACCAGGGGCUCGCGGAGGGCGAGAAGCCCGUGAUCCCCGAGGGGUACUCGGCCGCAGGCAGGCUGCCGGGCACGCGCCGCGACUCGUCGUCGACGUCGACGACGACGGAUACGCAGUCCUCCGGGUUCUCGAACGACACGCUGAGCACGCCGCCACCGCGCGGUAAGAAGGGCAAGGCGGCGAAGAAGAGCCGGGCGAGCACGUCGACAUCUGGGUAUACUGCGGCGGGCGUGCCGCUGCCGCCGUCGACGAUCGGCUCGUCGACGCCGCAUACGACGACGAGUUUCUAUGCGCAGACGCCCGGCCGGGGAUGGGGCGCGAAUGCGAAUACGAACGCUGGUAUGACUCCGAAAGCUGGCAAUAGACCUCUUUCUUAUGUCACGGACAGGAGCUUGGGGAUGAACGGAUUCAUGAGGACUAAUUGAGGGUGGACGCGCCUCAAGCAGUCGCUGUCAUUAUUCGGACCGGUAGAGAAAUCAGGGUAGAGACAAGCCACCCUCCCUAGCUCAAAUUUUGACAUCUCUUGGGUAACCGCUCUGUAAGUUUAUUAUAUAUAUUGUAGAACUUACCCUCCCGUUGUACCAUACUAUUCUUGUCAAUUCGUGUUGUGCACCGCUAUUCUGUAGUGCUCCUCAUGCUCUCAAUGCAAUGCUCUGGUGAUUCUCUGCGG